AUGGCUACCUUAAGUAUUGUCCCUGUGACUCUUUCACGAGACAAAGUGCCCACCAAAACAAAUGUCAGAGAUAUCAUCGGCACCUUUCUACCAGAAUGGCGCUCUGUGGACCCAGAAACCCUGACCAUGUCAUACCAUGCGUCUUUUAUCAAUGCCCACUGCCCAGUAGAGCGACCAGUACCGGUCAAUGAUAUACCUGCCGAACCCUACAAGGUGUUCAUCAAAUUUCACAUUGACACCGAGGGAGACCCCGAAGUCUUUAAGCAACUGGUGCCAAGCAAACAGGAGGAAGCAAUCCUCACCUAUGAAUUUGGUCGAUCUAAGCUGGGAGCCAAAGUGUAUGGAUUUUUCCGCACGGAGGAUGGUACACUUGGGAGAAUCGAUGAAUUCUUGGAUGCACGAAAUAUGGAGCCGGAGGAUGUCGAAAAUACGGCUAUCCGAGCGGAUGUUGCGAAGGCAUUGGCAACACUUCAUACUUUGGAAACUUCAUUGGAGAAGAAACCAUCUGAUUCAUCUUGUGGAGCUAUCAUCAAUGGACUGGAGAAGUACCAUAAGGUAGACAAGUUGAAGGCACUUGGAAGAGAAGGAGGUGUCAGUGUAGACAGCCUCGUUGACUACGACUUCGGGACCAGAUUGAAAAAGAUUCUGAAUAAGCUGGAAUCAAUUGGUGGAAAGACAGGAUGGUGCAUGCACGACGUCCAAUUUAUGAAUGUCAUGAUCAAAAAUAACUCAAAGGAAGGAGAAAGCACAGUCGCCUUGAUUGAUUUUGAGUUCGUGAUUCCCAACUACCGAGCCUUGGAUAUCGGCGGGCAUUUUAUGCAAAAGAUGUUCCAGUGGUUUGAUGAGGAGAGCAAGAUUGCAAAUUGCAGGAAGUACACAGAGAACGAAAAGAAACACUUCUGUGAAGUGUAUGCCACUCAGUGGAACACAAUCCAUGGUGAUUCGGAUACUGGGGAACAGGUCUUCUUGGAAAGUGAAUAUGGAUACAUGUUGGCACUUGCCUUUGAUAUUCACAUGAUGCUGUGGUUCAUGAAUGAAAAACACGACAAGGAUCCCUUGAACCUUGUCGGACUUAACAAGCUAUUCCAUGAGUUUGUGGGCCAGUAUACUAGACUUGGACUAGAAGAUCAGUAG